GAAGUAAUCUGGGCACAUUUAGAGCAAGCCAGCAGCCAUGUUUUGGGGGCUUGCUUUUAUAGCGUUGUUCGGUAGCCUGAGCCAUGCUUUUUUCAUGAGUGGGUCUGACAGUAAUGUUUACGGUCGGCACAAAGAUAGCUGGGGAUUCACUACUGACCACAAGAUCUACUCGCAUUUAGUUAUUCCUCCAUGGACUAGACCCUUCAAAAUCGGGUACUGCACGAGCUGGGAGUGGAACACGGAUAGGAAAUACCGGGAUCAGAGAAUCGCUAUCUGCAAAAAGUUCUCCAAAGGAAAGCACGAGUGUGAUUCCGAGUCCGGCUUCUGUGACACCAAGUGUCCCUUUACCAAUGGCAGCUACCCGUUCUGGCGCCUGCGCAAUGCGGCUGAUGUGCCAUUCUUGUGGGCGAUUUCCACCCUGCAGAUGUACGAGACACCUUUCUCAAAGAGACCGCUGACCACUGAUCCGCACAAGGGUUACGCCAGUAGCUACUUCGGUCCAGGCUUCACUCCGAGUAAUGCAUUUGAUAACAACGAGGAUACCCUGUGGUUAUCCAACGGCGCAGCUCCCCCAGGUAUGCAGUGGAUUGGGUACGAGUUUGAUCACCCUGUCUACGUGGGGUCCGUCAGACUGGCGGCCGAGGCGGACAAGCCCGAGCGAGCGCCAUCCAUGAUCUACGUGGAGGCCUCGUGCGAGAAGUACUUCAAAAACUUCGUGACCGCAUGGGUGAUCAAUAACCCAGAAAGGGAAGCCAGCAAGCGGUUUAGCGUGUUCAGUAACGCCAAGUUUACAACUCUGGGCGCGAGUGGCCGUCUGGGUCCAGUAGGUGUUGGGCGACACUAUAGCGGCAUGGACCAUGAGGGCCAGGUCAGCCUGAGAAAGGGUGUUCAGCUGUGGAAGGUACCGGCCACAGGCACAUACAGCAUCGAGGCAGCGGGGGCUGCGGGCGGAUACGACAAGUUCAGCGUGGGAGCCAACAGAUUUCGGGGACGUGGUGCGCGGGUGAAGGGUAACUUCAAGCUGAAGAAGGGCGAGUUACUGAAGAUCUUGGUCGGUCAGGAGGGGACCAACAACCCCAUCUCAGGCGGAGCAGGGGGAGGGGGAGGGACAUUUAUCCUGAAGGAGGACAACACCCCCCUUAUUGUCGCCGGUGGCGGCGGUGGUGUUGAUAAGUUAAAGGGGGAUUCACCUCGUUGCCAUGGUAGUAUCAACGAAGACGGUAACCCUGGUUACGGCGGCUCUCAGUUCCGCGGAGGCUCUAGUGGAAACGGCGCAGAAGAAGGUGACAACGGCUACUCAGGGGGAGGAGGUGCGGGACUCAACAGCAAUGGCCGCAACAACAAAAACUUCGGUGGCUCGAGAGGUACUGGGGGAGAAGGCGGCAAGUCCUUCCUUGCAGGUGGUGCUGGCGGUCGCUCCAAUCAGAAUGACGUCGAAGGCGGCUUUGGCGGCGGCGGAGGGCCAAACGGUGCCGGAGGGGGAGGGGGUGGUGGAGGUGGCUACUCAGGGGGUGCUAGUGGGUCACGCUCUAACUCCUGUGGGGGAGGGGGUGGCUCGUAUAAUGCAGGUAGUGACAAGUCCCAACAGGCAGGCGCUAAUAAUGGUGCUGGAUAUGCGCUCGUCUCUCUAGUAAGCUUUAACUAGACUUUAGGUAUUUCCACUUUUAUUUUGACCAUUUAACUUUUUUUUGACAUUUUUUUCUCUUCUUAAUUUUUUUUGCUUUUUUUACCUUUUUCAUACUCAUUUCAGGCUACAGCUAAAACUCAUCUUGUACCUUAACACCACCAUAUGUCAUAGUAACCAAUGCCGUAAUAAAGCCACCGUUUUGUUAA